UCAACAAAUCUUUCACUUUACCAGGUACUCUGUAAUGAGUGAAGGUUCAUAAAGUCUUCUCUAUUCUGUGGAAAACAAUGGAAAGUAAAGGUCCCGAGUGCUCCUUUUCAGACCUCAAUCUGGUGGCUCACCCAAGAGCAAAAAGCAAAGUGUGGAAGUACUUUGGGUUUGACACUGAUGCUGAUGGAUGCAUAUUGCACUGGAAGAAGAUAUACUGUAGGAUAUGCAUGGCUCAGAUCGCAUAUUCAGGGAACACUUCCAACCUCUCCUACCACCUAGAGAAAAACCACCCGGAUGAAUUUUGUGAGUUUGUGAAGAGCAACACGGAGCAGAUGAGAGAAGCUUUUGCCACGGCAUUCUCCAAGCUAAAGCCAGAGUCCUCACAGCAGUUUUCUCAGGACACAAUAGUCAUGAAGCAGACUUCGGGAUAUGAGAUAAGGAAGCACAAUGACCUGACCUCUGCAGUCAUCAGCUUCAUCUGUGAGGGAAUGUACCCAGUCUCUGUUGUGGAAGAGCCUUCUUUUAUAGCACUUUUAAAAACAGCUGACCCAAGGUUUGUUCCUCCCACCAGAACUGAAUUGACAACAAAGGCAAUUCCUCAAAAGUACUACCUAGUUCGGGAAGCUGUGUUCAAGGAACUCGCCGAUGUAGUGUGGUGUGGUAUCUCUACUGACUUAUGGAGAAGCCAAGCUCAGAACAGAACUUAUAUAUCUUUGUCUGCACACUACUUGAACAACUGUGGUUCUAACAGUCUUACCAUGAUGAUCAGAUGCCUGAAAACAUUUGAAGUACCAGAAGAAAAUGUUGCAGAAAAUAUCACUCGUUCACUGUACGAAGUAUUUGUGGAAUGGGGUAUUAAUCCUAAAAUCUAUGGUGCCACUACCAAUAGUUCCCCUGAUAUAGUGAAAGCAUGUUCGCUUCUUGAUCUGUCUGUGCAGAUGCCUUGUUUUGGAUACACUGUGAAUCAAGGUAUUAACCAAGCUUUUGAACUGCCAAAGCUUAGUGCAUUUUUAGCUCGUUGUCGGAAGGUGGUUGAAUACUUCCAGCAGUCUGUUGUAGCCAUGUACCUUUUGCGAGAAAAGCAGAAACAGCAAGGCCUAGCCCAGUCCAUGCUCAUUAGUGACAGAGUCAAAUCAUGGGUGAGCACACUGGCUAUGCUUCAGCGGCUUAAAGAACAACAGUUUGUCAUUGCUUCAGUGCUGGUAGAAGAUAGCAACAAUCACCACUUGAUACUAGAAGCCACGGAAUGGAGCACGGUGGAAGGCCUUGUUGAACUUCUCUUGCCUUUCAGACUGGUGGCAGACAUGAUGACAACAUGCAAGUACCCUACAAUUAGCAUGGUGAAACCUGUUCUACAUAUGCUGCUCAAUACAAACCUAAAGGUAAAAGAAAGUGAUCUCAAAGAGGUUGGCAUGGUAAAGGAAGUGAUUGCUAAGGUACUGUCCACCACCUACCAGGAGAUACCAGAGAUUGAUAUGUUUUUAAAUGUAGCCACGUUUUUAGAUCCCCGUUACAAGAAACUUCCAUUCCUUUCCCCCUUUGAGCGUUCCCAAGUGGAAACGAGAGUUGUGGAAGAGGCCAAAACACUUCUAGAGAAACGGAAGGAGGAAUGUUCUAAACAUGAAGAGCCACUGCAUUUCUCAGAGGGACCACCCAACAAACGGCAAGUUCUUGAAACCCCAUCGUCUUCCAACAAUGCCAGCAAUCUGUUGGCUGUUAUUUUUUGCCAGUCAAACAAUGAUGAGAACCAAGAAGAGCUACAUGCCCAGGUCUUGGAAGAGCUGAGUAACUUCAAGUCUCAGAAGGUCCUUGGUCUUAAUGAAGACCCUCUCCGUUGGUGGUCGGAUCGCUUGGCCUUGUUUCCUACUCUUCCCAAAGUGCUGCAAAAGUACUGGUGCAUUCCAGCCACCAGCAUCCUACCCCAGAGACUUUUUAGCUCUUCAGGCAGCGUUGUUAAUGGGAAAAGGAGCCGACUUGCUCCUGCUCACGUUGACCAGCAGGUUUUUCUAUAUGAGAACAGUCGGAACUUGUUUGAGACUGAACCGACUGAGGAGGAUGAGGGGGAAUGGGGUGUAGACCAUGAACAAGGAAUAGGUUUCACUGAUGGACUAACCAUGCCAGACAAGGAAAUGGUACUGUGAUCACUGAUCUGCAUGCUAGACAUACAAAUCUAUUUGUUAUUUUCCAUGUGUAAGUCUAGUGAAAACUUUUGAGUACACUUAUUGGAUUUUUUUUUUUUUUCCCCCCCCCCCUCCUUAAGGCCGUUAACUUCAAUAGGAAAUGAGCUGACAUCUUUCCAAGCUCUUCUUGUAGGACCUGUACCAGUACUACCCAGGUUACCUAGCAGUACACAACCUUUUGAUUAGCACAAUAUAUUGCUACAUACAGUAAUCAUGAGAAGAUUGAGUGCCAGUUACGGGGCAGGUGCACAGCAGGACUGAGGCACAGGACAACAGGCAUUUUCCACAAAACAGUUUCAACCCUAAAUAACAAAAACUAGAAAACAGCCUUGUUUUGGCAGCAACAAAUCAACCCAAAACUCACAUCUUCCCUCUUGAGGCUUGUUUAUAAGCGCUCCAUCCAAAACACCACUCCCAAAGUCUUGAAGCCAACUGCCUCUGUACUCCCUCUUAUUGGCCGUGAGUGGGUGCAGCUGGCUGUCAUUUUUCAUUUAGGGCAGAGAUGGGUUUCUGGGAGCUCUCCAUCAUGAUACGCCUGCCCUGGGUUGGACUGUUCACCGGCUUACAGUGUAGUUUGGUGUUUUUGUUCUUUCAAUGGCUUAUAUCUGCAAAGCUAUGCAGAUUCUCAAAAAAUUUCAUAAAUGGUCUUGAGGUGUUGCCCCCUCUCGAAGGUGACACAGCUGUUGUAUAAUGUAUUUGUUGUUCAGAAUUAUUUAUCAUGGUUGUGAUCAUAAUAACUAUGAAGAGGCUGCUUCCUCAGAUUGGGGAAAAAGGUGGGGAGUGUGGCACUUCACUGGUAGUUAGACUAUAUUGGUUUAUGUAUUAUGUGUAUUUUAUUCAGUGAAUAUGCUGAUACAACCUUGUCAGGUUAAUUUCCAGUACAGUAAUAUACACUCCUGGUCUGUUUUGCUUUCACUAUAUAUCCCCUGUAAAGAUUGUUUUAAAAUGUUUAGAUGAG